AGUAGAAGCCCCCCCCCCCGCUCGUUUCAAGACAGCUACUGCUGUGCAGAUGACCUCAGUGCCAUUUAAAGACGCAAGUACCAGGUAGAAAGUGUACCAAGUCGAAACUUUCGCUCUCCCCUCAACCAGCGGACGUUGCUUCCAACUGGGGCCUUCAGGCUCGCCUCUCGGACAGAUCAAAUUCAAGCUCCAAGCCAUCCAUUUUGUUUCAUAUGCUACCACCUCCAAACAUUCUCCACCAUGAUGCCAUUCAACUCAUCCUUCUGGGAUACCCUUGCAACCAGAGGAAGGCAAGCAGACGUUGGUCACGACACCCGGGAGGAAAGGAUUGCAGCCUUCAAUAGAGAGGUUGACGAGAUGGAACAGGAGCCGCAACGACGAGCUCGUAUGAUAUCGACGACAUUCAAUUUCCAAGGCAAAGCCAUAUCCAGGGCUCUAGCUGGCACGGUACAGCACACUCAGCUCACUCCCAUUGCAAUUGCUCAGCUUGAGACGGGUGUGACUCACCGGAAGCGAGUGCUCUAUGCUCGAAUAGUAACCAAGGCUAUGCGCAUGAAUUCUGUAAUGGUUUUGGUCGAAGACCAAGCAAAGCCUGGUAGUGAGUUGGCAGCACUUGCGGUGUACGGGCUGUCGGAUCCAGCUGUUAUGGAGGAGAAUCGCUGCUUGGCCAUAAUGGAGCCGCACUACAAAAUCCGACAGGACGGAUCUCCCGGCAUCCGUGUGGAUAACUCAGAAGAACUAGUCUGGGAUGCAGUGUACGGCCCGGAGGAAACCCGAGGUACGGAUGGAGUCAAGAAAAGUGAUUCUGAAGGAGAGGGUGGCAACGAGAUAGUGAAUCUUGUGGACCGUUUACAGGAGCUCUUCACCGACGAUCCAGAACUAGGUGUAGCAAAGGCGUUCCAAAAGGUAACCUCAGAGGGACACAAUGCCACCAAGAAGCAGAUCAGAGCUCUAAAGAAGACCAUUCUCGAAAACUUGACUCGAGGAGGCACUGACCAAGACGAUGAUCAUAACAACCCUGAGCCUCUUCCUCCCGUGCUAUCCGAGCGACGUCCGGAAACCCAUCGUGUCUUCACUUCCGCACGAGUUCUACACCUCCGCGCCGCCGGAAAGAAAGCGUUCGAGAAGAACGACUACGAAGCCGCAGUUCAACACUUCUCGGAUGCUGUGAACCAAGCCAAGAAUGAGGAGCCAACACGGCAAGACGAUUGUCCUACCGAGAACAGUGAUUCCGUCUCGCUUUGGCAACUGAUUGGAAAUCGUAGCUCAGCAUACUUCAAGCUCGGGAUGCUAGAUGAAGCGUUGAAGGAUGCUCUUGUCUCCCACCGCUGUGCACCUCGAGAAGCCGUGAAACCAAUUAUGAGAUGUGCCGAGACAAUGGUGGCCCUGGGCAUGGAUGAAGAUGCGAAGCUAUUGCUCAGCGACUCCAGGGCAGUUUUUCCGGAUCACCAAAGGGAAUUCGACAUCAAAAUGAGCCAGCUCGAGCCAAAACAAGUCUUAGAAGUUGGUUCAAACAAACCUUAUCAAACAAUCUUUGAUGCCCUCCGAGACGCUAAGGAAAAUGCCGUGGUUGUCAUGGAUCCGGGGGUAUACAAAGAACGACCUCUUGUUAUCGACAAACCAAUCACUCUGCGAAGCUCAAAAUCCGUAUCUGUUGCUGACACCCUCUCUGAAGAAUCGUCCUCUGACUCCAGUGUACGCCCUGAAAUUCGGGUGGAAGGGGACUUCUCUUCCAUCAUUUGCAACGCGAAAUCCAGCAAUGUACCUAUUCGCCUCGUCGGCUUGAAGAUCGUGUGCCAGGAUGUGCCAAGGAACAGUUACCACGCCCUUGAUGUUCGAACUGGGCUUGUUGUAGUUCGAAAUACCAUUCUCACAAGCUCGAGCGGUCCAGUUGUUGUUGUCCAGGACAAUCCGCUUCAGCCAAUGUCUAUGUUUGUCCUCCCUACCACAAGCCCCAAGCCUUCACGGCUCAUUAUGCACUCAUGUAAGGUGGCUGACGGUGCCCAAGGAGGAAUAUUGGUGUGUGGAAAGACCAACCUAACUUUGCGCCACGUGCAUGUCGUUGGCAAUGCAGCAUGUGGGUUGGAACUUCGCGAAGGGGCAUCAGCUCAAGUGGAGAACUGCAACUUCUACAGCAACGGGCGGCAAGGCAUCAUGGUCUGGAUGUCGGCUGGUUCCCUCAAUGCCAAGCACUGUUGGAUACAUUCUAAUACACAGGAGAGCGGUGCCUUAGUUAGCCAGGGAGAAGCUUGCUUUGAAUCAUGCGAGUUCUACGGCAACGGUGCAGCCGGGGUCGUGGCGCAAAAAGCAGGGGCUUUGUACCUGUCCAAAUGCGCAGUGCAUGACAACUGUGAGGGAGUGCUGAUCCAAGACACUGGUACCGCUUCGGUGAGGCAGUGCGAAGUUUACCAGAACCGAGCCAAUGGCAUCUUCGUCGGCUACGAUCAUCUAGGGUUCGCAUCUAUUGUUGAAAACAAUGUGUACGGAAACGUUUCGAUGGGAAUCUUGAUUGGCAACAAAGGAAAGAACGUCCAUACAUCCAACAACACAGAACGAGACAAUAAAGGUCACCUUCCACAGACACCUGACUUCAUGCGCCAGCGCUUCAAUCCUUCAAAGAGACAUCAAAAGCGUGUCCAAAAGAACAGAAGCACCAUUGAGCGAGCGAUGAAAGAGCGCAAGCCAACCGGUGGCAUCAUGGAUGUGUUGCUCCACGACAAAGUAAGAGAGGCUUCCGUUUUAAAAAUCACAGACUCUAUGACCAACAACUGCCAGUACUGUGGUAAAAAACCACCUGAGGGGGUAGAGAAGAGCCGCUUUCCUCGUUGCGCCCGGUGCAAAGAUGCCACCUACUGCUCCGCCCAAUGCCAACGAAAUGACUGGCCUCGCCACAAAGUUGGCUGUCGAAACAAAGAUGUCAAGUACCCCAUGUUCAUUGAUGGAGAUAGGUCUGUGAACGACUGACUAUCUAUGCUAGCUAUCCCGAUGAUGGCUCCGGGUAUGCUUACCACGCUGCCGGGUAUACUUCCACGCUGUGCAUCAUCGUGGACAACACAACCACCACAAUACAGAUAAUCGGAACAUGCUUCCGGAUACUCGGAACGCUAGUCUAGCUAGCUGGAUUAAUCAACUUCAACAGGCCUUGUUCUUGAG